AUGUCGCCGACUGUCGUCGUAUUCCUGUUCGAGCUCAUCGUCAUACUGGCGACCGGCGCGCGAUGCUCGUUCCUUGCAUGGCACAAGGCCGACGCCCGACAAUUGGAGAUGGCGAGAGCUGUCGGAAUCAAAGCCCGACGCGAAUUCAACAUCGAUUCGGUUCAGCAUGAGGAUGUCAGGCGACGGCUCUACUUCAAGGGACUUGACAAAUGCAAUCAGAUUGAUGAGGAUGUCGCGCAACAGGUCGUCGAUGAAGUGCAUAGAAUGCAGCGAUCGUCGGAUUCGGCGAUUCUCCGAAAAUGUGGCAUCUCCGAAUUUUUUGCCAUGUUCCUAACGCUUCCUUCAAUUCGAAUGAAGAGAAUUGUUGAUCAGGCAUGUGCUAAACACGAGAAACAAAUUGAAUGUGGAUUGCAUUAUGAGGGAAAAGCGAUGACACUGAAACGAGUGAUGGAGCUGAAAGAAGACGGAUCAAAUAGACAAAUGUUUGAACAUGAAUGCGUCGAUGAUGAUUAUUCCCCAAAAGUUUAUCCAUGUCUUGGAAAUACGAAAAAAUGGGCGUCGAGUUGCGAGAAGGUUAUUGAAGAUCAUUCGACAACUCGAAUUAUUGCGAAUGAGCAAAUUGAGCGGAUUUAUGAAUCAGCGAUAAGCAGAUUGAAAACGGAAAUUGAGGAUCCCGAGGCGAUUUUCCAAGAAGCCAUGAUUAAAAUAGCGCAUUUGGAAGGACGAAAAUGUCUCGCGUUUAAAACAAUGCGUGUUUGCGCCCUCCAAAGUCUUAUCAACAACUGUGGAAAAGAGACAGCACGUGCUUUCGACACAGUAACCUCAAAAGGGUAUUUGAAAUCUGAUCGAUCCCUUCGACUUCAGAUCGAUGUUGAGAAUUUCAAUAUGCCGACUCACCCAUUUUGCAAAGAUUUAUUAUAA